CUUGGAUCUGCCCAUUGUUUACUCUUCCCCUGAACUUCAACUUCACACUUCUUUUCAUUUUGUCCCACUCAUUCACCUCGCUCUCUAUUUACAGCACUUCCUCUCCACGGCACUCUUUCACUGUUUCACCCACAGAUCAUUCACUUAAACGAAUCGCUUUCUCACACAGCAAACGACACAUAACAAUGAAGUUCAAGCGGCAGAAGGACACUCAGAACAAGAAAGAAUCCGAGGCGAGCGAUGGCCUCCUCACCGUUGCCGGAGAUAUCCCCCUGACCAUGACCUUUACACCCAGCUCGCCCUGUGAUCCCUCUGGUCGUCCACCUUCGUCCUUUCCUCCCGCAGAGGAACUCAUAGGCUCUGAUCAACUGCACCCCUAUAUGACACCUGCCUCCGAGCCAAUUACACCCUACAGCACCUACAGGACCAGCAAUUCCAAAAGCGCCAACAGCGAGAAACACGGCUCAGACGCAAAUGCUUUACCGUCUUCGACCAUGAUCGAAAUCGAACGCAUUCUCAAACAAGACCAGGCCAUGGAGCACGAUUUUACUCCACCUCGUCAGGCCAUGAACAGCGACGAGUCUGACUUCGACUGGGACGAGGAUGUCAAUAUUGAUGAUAAUGGCCAAAUUCAUAGCAAGAAAAAGGACAGGAAAGCGCGAUCGACCUGGCGUAAAUUAUCGCCAUUCUUACGCAUGGUUAUUAUGAUGAUUACCAUUGCACCGAUCGUCGCCAUCCCUGCAGUCCUAACGCAGAUCUAUCUGAGUGUCCCACCUCACCCAGCAUACCCACCCUCGGGUGCCACGGAAGACACAAUGCUGCAGUACAAUCAGGAUAUCGCCGCGUGGGAGAAGGACCAAGUCCGCAAGGAUUCAAUCGUCUCGGUGUUUGGCUGUCUGGCAUUCAUGUGGUGCAUCGUCUGUGUCACCAAUUGGGGCGUCGACAUUAUACCAGUCGUGAUUGUCCGUAUCACCUCGCUUGUUGCCAUUAACCGACUGGAGACUGUGAAGUCCAGGCUGUUGAUCUUUGUUGCGACCAAAAAGUACCUCAAGUGGUUGAUCGCCGCCUGCUGGGCUACGGGCUCCUUCGCCUUCCUUUCGUCGAUAACAUUUCCAAUCAUCAAGGACCAAACCUGGCAGCCUAUCAUAAUCAAGGUACUAGGCGCCAUCGUUGCCGGUUGCGCACUCGUGCUUGUGGAGAAGGUCCUUCUCCAGAUUAUUUCCAAGAACUUCCAUCAAACCGCAUACGCAGACCGUAUCAAGGAAAACAAGUACGCCCUGCAGGUGCUCGAUCGUCUGGGAACUUCCAAGAGAGUUAACAAGAGGGUUCGUCCGACACAUAGCCGAAACAACACAGCGGAUAACGCAGAUUAUAUGUCGCCCUUUGGACUCGGCUACAGGUCUCGUCAACAAUCGCGGUCUCACAGUCUGGACAACACUGAGACGCUUCAUCUGAACGAUCUGAUCGGGUCAUCGAACACGACUCCAUUAGGAACACCAACAGAACACAACAGCCGCGGAUCGGCCGCACCUUCGGUGCGUCGGAUGCAGCGCGACAGCAGGGGCCCCAGGCAUAACGACAUCUUCAAAGGAAUUAAUCGAACACUGCAAGGUAUCGCUAUGGCGGACGACACUCCUGCCAAGGACAUCAAUUCGACCGAAAACGCCAAACGACUUGCAAAGACACUGUUCUACAACCUUCAAGGCAACGGCGAAGAUUUGGUCGUCGAGGACUUUUACCCGUACUUUGAUACUGAAGAGGAUGCCAAGGAGGCGUUUAUGAUCUUUGACAAGGACGGCAAUGGUGACAUUUCCAAAAGGGAGAUGAAGGAGAAGAUCUUUUAUGUCUACAAGGAGCGCAAGGAUCUGCAUACUUCACUGAGAGAUCUGUCGCAGGCUGUAGGCAAGCUGGAUAUCAUUUUCUUGACCAUCGUCACGGUGGUUUGGAUUCUGAUCAUUCUAUCGAUUUUUGGAACGAGCGUUGUACAGAAUAUGCUAUCAAUCGGCUCCUUCCUAGUCGCACUUAGCUUUGUUUUUGGCAACUCGCUCAAAACUCUGUUCGAGAACAUCGUCUUUUUGUUCAUCACACACCCCUAUGACUCUGGAGAUCUGUGCAGUAUCGAUGGCUACGACAUGUACGUUCGCGAAGUCGGUCUUAACAGUACCAUGUUUGUGACUUGGGACGGCAAGCGCAUGUACUUUCCCAACAACAUCCUCAGUCAAAAGGCCAUCCACAACGUCCGUCGAUCGCCCAACAUGUCUGAGAAAAUUGUUCUGAAUGUUGAUUGCUACACGCCUCAAGUUAAGAUUCUUGAACUCCGUGCAAGAAUGCGCGACUUUCUGGCCAAGGAGAGCAAAGAAUUUGCACCUGAUAUGGAAAUCCAGAUUCAGGAGAUGGACGUUAAACUGAAGAUCAGCAUGGUCAUCGAGCACAAGGGCAAUUGGCAGGACUCUGGCCGUCGCUGGGCCCGGAGGACCAAGUUCAACUUUGCACUGAAGGAGGCCGUGGAGGACAUCGGUAUCAAGUACUACGCACUUCCUCAACGUUUGGAGAUCACGAACCGCGAUCUACACGAUGAGAAUUACGACCAAGCUGACCAAGCGACAUUAGGAUCCAACUCUUCGCGGCAGUACUCCUCCACGGAAGAAAUGGCGCGACCUUAUCGUCGCCGGACCCAUCGUCCUCAAGGAGAUUAAGAGUUAUACCAAGCAUUGCAAUAAAUUGACCGAGG